AUUCCUGUAGCGAAGGAAAUCCAUUGACCGCAGCUGACAGUAAUGCAAGAAAAAAAUAUUUGAGAUAGCCUUCUGUCAACAUGACUUAUAGGCUGAUAGUUGGAUAUUUCUUGGCAAUGAACUACUUAAGCUGUUAAUUCGUGUGAUCAAUUUUUGUACAGGAGAAACUGCCAAACAACUAACCAUGGCAAACGAAGCAGCUGUUCACAAGCGCAACAUGGAGAGUGCAAUACUCUUUAUGCAGCAGGAGCAUGCCACCACCUUGAAAGCUUUACAUGAAGAAAUAAGAAAUUUACAGAAAAAGUGUUCAGAUUUAACCUUUCAGAUAAACAUGCAGGGUUUGGGCAUAGAUGAAACUGGUGCUACAUCUACCAAAGUGGAGGAACUACAGAAGGAGAUGGAAGAGAAAUCACAACUUCACACUAAAUUAGAAAAGGAGCUAGAAAGAAAGGAGAAAGUUGUUCGUGAGAUUGAACUAUUGGCAAAAAAACAAAAAAUGAAAUACCUUGAUGAAGCACGUAAAAAGACACAAGAAGUUGAUCAAUAUAAGGCAGAACUUGAGUCAAAAUCAAAUCAAAUUGCUUAUCUAACUUCUGAACUGCACAAACUUAAGCGUCUUCAACUUGAGUCAACACCAGUGACAAAGACUGUUAUCAAGGAUGGACAUAUUGUGCCAGUGCCCCCGUCCCGAGACCAAUACUCGGGCCGUGUUCGUCGGGGGAUUAUUCGCCACAGUAAGCCCAGUGUGGAUCCUGAGGAGCUUGGAAAACGUGCUGUUAGAACAAGCUCUGGAAAAUCCACAAGUUCUUCUCGAUCAGACUCUCCAAUUGAAUUGGCUAAGCCAUUUUUACGCUUAAGUGAUGAAAUGGAUCCAGACGUUCAACUAAAGGGUAAUGUUCGACACCCCCUUCCUCCGAUUAGAUCUUCUGUAAGUCGGGAGGAAGCAGGUGCAGGUCGACAGGUAUAUCUGCAUAAAAUGCUCCCUGUUCCACCACCACAACUUACAGCCACAAAGCACGGCAGGACAAAAACGAGGGAAAUGCCCAUUUUAGCUGUUGAUCAGGUGUCGGGUGCAGAGUCUAAAUGGGCUCAACCACAACAUUCACAUAGCCACGAGUAUAAUUGAUGUAAAUGUCUGAGUGAACAUGUACAUUUUUUCAAGACUUUCUUAUUAGUGCCACAGAUUUUGACACUUUUUGUACACCAUGGAUUUAUACCUACUGCGCCUAGAGGCAAAAAUCAUCUUGCAAAUAAUGAACCCUUCAAAGGAUUAGAAAAGGAAAAUCAAGCCUGAUAUAGCUAUCCACAUAGAAUCAUUUGUAAGGUUCUAUUCUACAUAUUUGUAUUAGAAACUUGUUAAGCAUUGAUUGUAUAAAUAUAAUUUAUCCAAUGAAAGACUUGAUUUUGUCAUAACACAGAAAAAAUGGUCUUAUUUACAAAUUUGAAACUAAAAACAAAAGGAUAUUUUUGUUUGAUUCUUAAUUCUAGCAAAUGUAAACUUUAUAUUUUAUAAGUGGUAGGUGAUUUUGUUGAUGUAUUUUUUGCUUAGCUUUUGUCAGUAUAUUACUACACCAAUGUUUACACUUAAAAGCAUUAUGGUAAUCUUUUUAUAUGGCUAGUUGUUUGAUGAUAACAAAUCUAUUUUGUUUGAAGGUAGACAAGAUCUUGUGAUUGGCUGUUUAGUUAGCAGUAGAUCGAUAAAUGUGGUUUGUCAGUUUGUCACCGUUAUGAAUACUGUACUUUGUGUGACUUCUGUGUUGUGUUUUCUGUCUUUUCUCCAGAGAAUUCCACACCUCCAACAAAAUAGUUUAAUUGUUCAAACUUAAACCCUAAGGUAAUACAAUUAUACAGUUAAAAGUUUAAGUAUAUUUUAUUGUCACAAAAGGAAUUGGAGAUUUCUAUGCUCAUCCAUAAAUAGCGUACAUACCUUUAAAUUGUUUUUCUGGCUGUAAUAAGUCAUUGUAGUGUAUUACAUAGGUAGGGUACGCUGCCAUACAGACUUGGAAGGUUCUUAUUUAAUAAAUGUUAAAAUACCUUUUUUAUGAGAUUGUUGUAGAUGUGUUUGUAGUUGAAGCUGACAUUAAUUUGCCAUAUAUAUAUAUCUAUAUAUAGUUCAAACAAAUGAUCAAAAUACAGGUUUAAGAUAAAGCUAUAAGCCAACUUUUUUUUAUUAAUAGCUAUAAAGUAUUUCUGGUUUUUGAAGAAAUAAAAUCAGCUGUUUAUUAAAUUGAUACCCCUUCUUUUGUCAAUAUUUCAGAUACAGAAUUAUCAUGUAACAUGAUAGCUGUCUCUGGAUCACGUUUUGAAGGUUAUGUUUUAUUGUGCAAUUCAGUGUCUUUGUUUUGUUGAUUUUUUAUGUUUGCCGAUGUAUGAUGAUGUAAGUGUGUAAUUUGUUAAAGAGCAAUCUUAGUCAUUCUUGAAUUUCAGGAAUGUAAUUGCUAAAUAAUGCCAUUUUUUAGAUCAAUUUGUUUUCUUUAUGUUUUAUACUGUGAUAUAUGUGUUCGGAAGACUAAUAGUUUUUAACGAUAAACUGUUUUAACAAGGAUAAGGAAUUGUUUUUUUGUUACAUUUAUUUGCUUAGGAGUAGAGUGAAUAUUGGAAAGAGAUUUUAAAGACAUGCUGAUGUUCUUUACUUUGAUAUAUUAAGGGUAUACAGUACAAAAACAAAUCACCAUUCUGUUUAUACCUUUAACCAGGAAUGCUUGGUUUUUAUCUUAAUAACUAAGUGGACACAUCAAGACAAGGUCUGUAGAUAGAAUCUCUAAAUGUCUUCAAUGCAUUUAUACUUAUAUACAAACAAGGUACUUAGAUAUUCAUUGAUCUAUAAAUCCAUGUGAUCAAAGUGAUACUCAAUCCUAGUACCUGUAUAAUAACCACAUACUGUGUAAACCUGUUGUGUAUUAAACAAAUUCACACUGGCUAUUUUUUCAAAGAGCAAGAAUUUACUAAUUUGGAGUUUUAUUUUUAGUAAUAAUUCAUGUUUUUUAAUGAAACCUUAAAAGAAGAGUAUAAUUGACUGGCUUUUUAGUGGGUGGGGAGGGGGUGCAUAACAUCUGCUUAUGUGAAAAGCUGCUAUAAAGUUUGGAUCAGAAGAAGUGCUUAAAACAAUUAGACAUUCUGUGCUUUAUAGAAAUUCUCAACUUUGAUGUAAGGUACUUGUAUGUGUGUAAAUGACAUAGAAUGUGUGGCUGAGGAAGUCUUUUGUAGAUAAGGAUUGUGUGUGUAAAUGUUUGAAAGAAUUAUCGAAUAAUGCAAUAUAUGGAAUAUUGAUACAAUUUUGAAUCUAAAAUCAAAAUGACUAUGAAAUAGUCAAUAUACAACAUAACGAUCAUAAGCCAAAAUAUUAUGGAUACCUGAAUCUCAUGGUUAUUAAAAGUUUAACCUUUUUGUUAUGUAGAUACAAUGUACACAUAUUUUGUUAAUCAUCACUUCAGUCUACUUUUUACAGUAUAUGUGACCUGUAUCUGGACAUUUUUUAAAUUUCAGAAAUUAGAGAAAUCUGGUUUGGUGUAAAGUUAUACAGGACACAGAGUUUUGUUUGUAAUGUGGGGGUAAAAAGUCCACUUUUGAUUCCUGUAAUUGAGCAAGUUUGAGAUGCAUUCACAAUUACAUGUUUGCUUAUAUACAUCACUAGAAAAUGAAAAGGAAAACACCACCAGUUGGCCUUUGAAGUGAAUAUGUGAUCUGGUUGUUUUUUUUUGUUGUGGAAUACCAACAAAUAUCAAUGUGUAGUUUGUUACUAAUUGGAAAGUUCAUGUAACAGUUCAAGUCUAUGAAGAAACCAUAUUUUUCCAAUGCGCACAAUUAAUGAAAUUGUGAACAUAAUUGUUUGAAUGUUACUAUCAGAGAAAUGUAACCCUUAGAAAUUAUAAUUAAAUUAUACAUUAUACAUUAAUGAUUUCCUUUUUUUGCAAUUUAUCUAUUUCAGCUAAAUUAAUAUCCUUAUCGUUGUCAAUCCGUCCAAUUUUAGUAAGUUUUAUAAGAGUUUCUCCUUUAAACAGACAUGGCUAUUUCCUGGCCCUGACUAUGAUUUAUACAAGUGAUUUACACAUGUACACUGUGCCGUAUUGUGUAUUAAAAUGAGAGUGAUAGCAAUACAUAUCAUUUUAAUAUAUAGCUGUGUUUCUUUUACAAAUAUUUCACAAGUUGUGAUCAAAAGAAAAAAAUAAAUAAAACUUUGAUACGUAAAUUGU